GCGUUCCAGCUGAACGGUCUCGCUCGCCCGUUCGCAGCUUCGCAGCUUCCUUCUUGACUCCAUCCUCAUCCAGGCCUUGACGAGCUCGGGCCAUUGUCAUCUUCCUGCUUUUGGUGCCGCUGGUCUCGUCUCGUCUCGUCGUUCAUACCGGAUGGCGCCUUCCGCGAGAGACGGGGUCGAUGCCGACGAGGGUGCAUCGACUCCUCAAAAUGUUGGAGCCCCAGCAUUCUCUUCGCAGCAGAACACAGCCACAAAUGCCCCAUCCAGCAAAGCCAUAACAUCUCCUACGACAGCAUCCUCUCGUUCUAAGCAACUACGCCCCAGCUCGACCCUAGACUACCGCAAUCGUACGGGCGGCAACGGUGGAGCAGCACUGAGCCCACCAAAGAACCGCUCGCAGUACGACCGCUUUCCUCGCUCCUACACGACGGCGGCAGAUCAGCAUCAUCCGCCGGAGAGCUCAUUUCCGCCGGGCAAGGACCUCCGUGGAGCGAGGUCCAUCUCCUUUCACCCUGGCGUGCCUUCGUCCCUUACUCGCCGUGGUAUGGGAGAUGUGGAGAGGCAGCAGCAAUCUCACCACCCUGGCAACAGCAACUUAGGCGGCGCAGGGCGUAGGGGUUCGGCAUCAGCUUCCGCAUUUGAUAUCCAGGGCAGGGGCCGACGUAUGACCUUUUACUCAGAUGCAGGGACAGACGAUCAGCUGGUGUCGUCUUACACGGCUACCUCGGACUCGAUUCGAGACAGCACCGCUCAGCUUGCUGGCAUGGCACUCCGAUCAGAUGACGAGCGAGACGAUUCGCGCAUUCUUGAAGCUGAAGAGGAGGACGAGGAGCAAGAAGGAGGGCGGGGUCGAGUGGGUAAUGAAUCGAUGGCUCAUGGAUCCUGGCCUGUGCCGCACUCGUCUUCCCCAUUUGCACGAUCGUACGGUACAACUGGACCCAGCAACCUCGCAAAGGCGUUGUCAGCAUCGCGACCGACCAGUCCCACCGGACCUUCUUCAGCCUCCACGCCUGCCAGCGGGACAGGAGACAAGACAUCUGAGCCUUUCACGGAGCAGUCUGCGCUCCUGGGACACAACCGACGCAACUCGCGCUCAACGCGCAAGCCGCGCCAGGACAGUGUCUGCUCCUCUGAUGCCCUUGACUCUGGCUUCAGCGUCAGCUCUCAACAGAUGCGCGACGCAGUAUCAGAUGGUCGGCGCCGUGGGGUCCGCUCAGCGUACGGGAGUGGAGCACUCGCUCAGGCUUCGCUCGAGGCAGAAGCCGAGGCAGCGCAUGGUCGUGGCGGCGUCGAUGAGAGCCACCUCUCUUCGUCUUACGCGGCAACAGCCAGCGGGCGGGGACGGGACGACGACGACGAUGAUAAUGAUAGCUUCGACGGCGCAACGGACGAAGAGAGCGCAACAUCUUCGCCUGAGCCACUGUCGCCUUCCUGGAACCUGGUUCCCGCACGCUGGCGACCCGGGCGCGGCUACCGACCCAUUGCACCAUGGAUGAAGAGCAAUGCCGACGGCUCCUCAAUGCCGCUGCAUACUCGUGUACGCAAGCUUUCUCGUCGCGACGUCCUCGAAGCCUGUGCGGAGCCUGUCCGCCUACUUCCAGCUACGGUGCUUGGCAUCCUGAUGAACGUCCUAGACGGCGUUUCUUACGGACUGAUCAUCUUCCCCGCCUCGUACCCUAUCUUUGCCGACUUUGGUGGGGACGGGGUGGCGAUGUUCUUCAUUUCGUGCAUCGUCUCCCAGCUGGUCUUCAGCUUGGGAGGGAGCAUCUUCAAGGGUGGUAACGGGAGCAUGAUGAUUGAGGUCGUUCCCUUCUACCACAUCCUCUGCACCACCAUUAUCAACACAAUCGGAGACGAGAAUCCGCGUGGCGUCAUAGCUACCACAAUGGUAGCCUUCGCCCUCUCAUCCAUCUUCACCGGCUUGGCCUUCCUGCUGCUGGGAGUAUGCGGCCUGGGCUCUCUGAUCGGCUUCUUCCCUCGCCACAUCCUUGUAGGAUGCAUCGGCGGAGUGGGCGUCUUUCUUCUCGAGACGGGACUGGAAGUCUCUGGCCGACUCGAGGCGGAGAAAGGCUUCCAGUACAACCUCGAGACGCUGCGGUACUUCUUCCAGUCCUGGCAUAUGGUCGCUCUUUGGGGUCUACCUCUGCUUCUGGCCAUUCUUCUCCGCCUCAUCACGGCCAAGAUCCGCCAUCCUCUCGUCAUGCCAGCCUACUUCAUCUCCAUCACGCCCAUCUUCUACCUGAUCGCCAUGCCUAUCUUGCACUUCAGCGUAGAGGAGUUGCGCGAGAGCGGCUGGAUUUUCGAUAUCGGUGCGGCGGGCAAUGCUCCCUUCUACCGGUACUUGACCUACUUCGACCUGACGCAGACCAGCUGGGCAGCCCUUUGGAAGACGAUGCCGACGAUGAUUUCGUUGACCUUCUUCUCGGUCCUGCAUGUGCCACUCAAUGUGCCUGCACUCGCUGUUAGUCUCAAGGAGGACAAUGUCGUCGUCGACCACGAGUUGACGGGCCAUGGCAUCUCGAACUUGAUCGCUGGAGCAUUCGGCACAGUGCCUAACUACCUGUGCUUUUCCAACACGCUCCUCUUCUACAGGGUUGGCGGAGGCAGUCGCUUAUCGGGCGUCAUGCUGGCGGGAGCUACCGCGGUUAUCCUAGUCAUGGGACCAAGCAUGAUCAACUACCUCAAUGUCAGCACGGUCGGUGCGCUCAUCUUCCUUCUGGGCAUCGAUCUCGUCAAGGAGGCGGUGUGGGACACGCUGGGAACCGUCAAUCGCUGGGAGUACGUAACUAUCUGGUUCAUCAUCAUCGUCAUGAGCCUCGCAGACUUCGUCGUCGGCAUCCUUGCCGGCGUCUGCCUGGCCUGCCUCUUCCUGACCAUUCAGAUGUCCCGCCGCAAGACGGUCCGUGCCAUCUUCGACGGAUCGAUCGCUCGUUCGACGGUCCGCAGGCCAAUGACGCAGCGCAAGUUCCUCGAGGCUGUCGGCACGCAAACGCAGAUCCUGAAGCUUCAGGGCUUCCUCUUCUUUGCCACGAUUAAUUCCGUCGAGGCGCUCAUCCGUCGAGCGCUCGAUAUUGCGGCUUGGCAGCACAAGCCCAUGCGGUUCUUGGUAAUCGACUUCUCGCUGGUCUCAGGGAUCGACUUCAGUGCCGCAGAGGCCUUUACCCGCAUCCAGCGCCUGCUGGACGCGAAGGAUGUCGUGCUCGUCUUCUGCGGUCUGUCCGCCGAAGGAGAGAUCGGCGUAGCAUUGCGCAGCGUAGGUCUGUGGGCUGAGCGCGGCCUGGCGAUUGAGGCCUUUCUCUCACUCAAUGAGGCGCUAGAGUGGACAGAGAACUCGUACCUGCGAGGAGUGUACAUGUCCAGCCUCACGGCGGGCAAGCAGCUCAAGAAUGCUUCUCUUGGUGGACACGGGGCACUCGAUGUGCCCGAUGGCAAGCGACCCCCGGCUUUCGUCAUUGACGAGGCCUUCUCCAACUCGCCGAGGAGGAGUCAUUUGCAUGAAGCAGCGAAGACCGCCGUGAGGAGGCAGCAGCAGCAGAUUGACGACGCGGCACAUCUGUCAGCGGCUGCGGCGGCAGGCUCGAAGGACGAUACCACGGUGAAUGGCAAGAAUGGGUCGGCAUUGAGGGACUCGAGUCGAGACUCGUCGUCGACGGCAACCCCCGCUCCGGUCAGCGCACCCAGUCCUGCAGCUACUGCCACCACUUCUACCUCCCAAUCUCCGCAGCGUGAGCAGCCUCUACCCCUCCUCAUGGUGACCUUCGGCGCCUUCACUUCUUCCAACUCCAGCUCCUCAACACCUUCUUCAACAAGCCCAGCGUCCCUGCACAGCUUCUUCCAACGCCUCGCCCCCUUUUUCCGACGAGUCGAGUACCUGCGCGAAGAGCUCGUCUGGUCCUACGGUGACGAGGCUGACGGCUUAUACCUCAUUGAGAGCGGAGCGCUCAAAGCCACAUACGACUUUGACCAGAACGACUUUGAGAUCAACGAGGCAAUGCUUGCGGGCACGAUUGCUGGGGAGCUCUCCUUCCUCUCCCGCCAACCCCGCAAUACAACUGCGAGGGCCGAGCUCAACUCUGUGCUGUGGAAGCUUGACGUGGAUGCGCUGCGCCGCAUGGAGCAGGACGAGCCGCAGACCUUUUCGCUGCUUGUGAGCUUGCUAGUCAGGGUAGCAGUGGACGAGCAGUCGAGUCUGCUCAGCUAUCUGGUGACGAGGCUGAGCUAGUGAGAAAGGGGGGACCGCAUUGCCCAGAUGGACGGAAGGUGGCGGUAAAUAUUUGACUCGAUGUUUUGCUCACAAUUGCUCGCACUAUAUCAUGAUGAAACACAUGCUCAAAUGAUUCCAAAUUGACCUCUCUCAGACUCGACGUUGGUUGCUCGAUCCUCGUGACUUAGACUACGUCAAAGGAAGGAAAGAAAUCGUCAUUAUCAAG